UACAUCAGUUGGGAUUAAAAAUUGAAAUGAUGGCCUCUAUGUCAACCACCCAAUUUUAUUUGAUGUUGAUAACAACUAUUUUGCUAGUUCUUUCUGGAAAUGUCUCCUCUGAAGGCGACGAAGCAACAACAGCUUCACCAGCUAAUCAAGAUGAAAAAAUGAAUUGCUACCAGUGCAAUGCAACAGAUACCUGUGAAGUUGAACAAAAUAAAGACAACAAUUCUUUCACCGAUUGUGGAGAAAAGCAUUGUUGGACUUGGAAGACCGAAGAUGGAGAUGACGUAACCUACCGACGUGAUUGUGGUGAUGUAUGUACUGAUGACACGAAAGAACUGGAUUGUAAAACCAGCAACAACCGUACGGAAUGCGGUAAAUGCUGUUCUGAUGCCUACUGUAACAGUGGACUUCUUAACGCAGGAUUUAGACUGGCUGCAAAUGUGUCGCUGUUUUUGGCAAUUUUGCCCAUCCUUGCUGUACACUUGCUGUGAGAUAUUUCAUAUCCGUGCUGAUAUUUCUUGACAUGACGCACACGUUUAUUUCAAAUAUAAUUCUCGUACUCGAAUUCUACAGUCUAAAUAAUACCAAAUAAACUUAACACUGGCAAAGUUAUUGAAGAUGGAUCACCCAGGAAAAAACUGAAUGUUAUUGUUUCAAGUUUUGGGAAUCGAUAAAGCGUGAUUUCAUCUAAGACAAAAAAUAUAAAUUGCCUCUCAUUAUAACAAUCGUUUUUUUAAAUGUCCCAUAGACUUAGUUUUGUUUUAAAAUUAAUUGCCAAAGAUCGUUUUUACCUUUUAGUCAAAUAUAAGCCAGUUCAUAAUUUAAUGUAUAAUGGAUAUUGCAAGUAGUGAUUUUAAACAUAAGCAUAUCAAUUGAGACCAGGGAUUUAUUUUCCAGGCACUUAGUAAUAAUAUAUGAUUACAUGUGAUGUAUUUGAUGUAACCCUUCAUUACUACCACCA